UCUGACUAUGGGUUGAAUUUCUGUUUAACCAAACAAAUUUCAGUCCAUUGAAUUUUUUUUGCGUACAACAUUCAAUUUCUCACCGGAAAAAAUGGAGGAGAAAACAUACAAGUGAAUGAGGAAAUGAGUCUUUCAAAUUCUAUUGGUUUGUGAAUUUUCUACUCCUCUUUCAUGGUAUAUAAAACACCAAAUUCGAUAAUUGAAUUGAUUUUUUGGCUCUGGCACUAAACGUUUCGUCUUCGUCUUUGUGGACGACGAAGAUCGAAAUCUUAAGAGGAUUUCAUAUUCAUUGUAUCUAAGAUUUUAUUGAUGAAAAAAUGGCAUCAGCACAAGCACACCUUGAUAAGGCGGAAAAUCGUAAAUUUUUUCAAAAUCUAUGGCGCACAGAUCUCAUGGGCACCCUUAAAGCCGAUCCACCAUUUUGGUGUUUUGCGCUGUGGUGUGGACCAUGUUCAUCGUAUGUGCUAAGGAAACGAGCUUUAUAUGGCGAUAUGACAAGGUAUAAGUGCUGCGCUGGUUAUAUGCCUUGCAGUGGUAAAUGUGGAGAAAGUCGUUGCCCUGAAUUUUGCCUUGUAACUGAGGUUUGUUGUUGCUUUGGAAAUUCAGUGAGCUCAACUCGCUUCUUGUUGCAAGAUGAAUUCAACAUAAGAACAACAAAAUGUGAUAAUUGCAUUAUCGGUUUCAUGAUAGUACUCGGACAACUUGCUUGCCUAUGUAGAAUAGCGGCUUGUCUUACUGGAGAUGAAGGACUUGAGGAUGCUGCUCAUAUUUUGACAUGUCUCUCUGAUAUGGUCUACUAUUCGGUCUGUGCCUGUAUGCAGACACAACACAAAGUUGAAUUGGACAAAAGAGAUGGCAAGUUUGGUGAUCCUUCACCAAUGUCAAUACCACCCGUUCAGCAGAUGUCGCGGAUUGAUCAGCCUUAUGGGCCAACAGUUGGAUAUCCUCCGGCCUAUGGGACACCUUACGGUCAACCACAACCUCCUCAUCAAGGUUAUCCAGCAUCAGCACCACCACUAGCACCAGCUCAAGCUCCUGGCUUCCCACCGCCCUCAGCCUCAGCUUAUCCUCCUCCCGGACCUUAUCCACCACAACAACAACCUGGUUACUGGAGGUGAUGAUUUUGAAGAUUUAUUUAUGUCGUUUCACAUUAAUGAAGCGCGAAAUGAGUUGUUUCUAUGACCACAAAUUGAAUAGCAACCAUAUUUUUUUGCUUGUCCUGAGAUCUAUGUAGAUUUCUUUGUCUCAUGAAAAUAUAUAGUAGCCUUUUUGUGAUUAUUAACAGGACAUAUUUAUGCAUUGUAGAGCUGAGUUAUUUUUUGGUGUUUGAAUUUGUGACAUGUGAUGUGCUAAUUGAA